ACUGUCCUCCUCAUUCCUGGUGUAUGUGGUGGGAGUGUGUUUUUAGUUGCUGAGUGAGUAAGAGAUAGGGUUGGUUGUCAGGCUAGAGAAUAAUCGUUCUCUAGCCCUGUGUCUGAUCUGUGUCUGACGUGUGUGUGUGUGCGCGUGUGUGUGUCUGACCUGUGUGUGUGUGUGGGUCUGACCCCCGUGUGUGUUCUGACCUGUGUGUUUUGUAUAGAAGCAAUGAUCCCAUGCAUUCUCUGGAUGCCAGCAGCCUUAUUUGACCUGACAGCAAGAGGUCACACACAGAGCAUCCACCCGUACAUACACUGGGAAAGAAGAGAACAGGCAGGCGAGCAGAAUGUGAUUAACACACACUCACACACUCUAAUCUCUCGCUCUCUUUCUCGAUCCAAGUGUGUGUGUUCUGUAGUCUCGCCACAGGGUGUCGCCUCAGCACCUGGCCUGACCGAGGGAGUGAAUGAGCUCUUACUACAUUUACAGAGAGGCUCUCUGCGGUCUCUCUUUUCAUUCUCUCGCUCCCGGAGUCCAUUCUGCUAUCGGGUGUGUGUGAUCAAACGUGUUCUCCCUCCUACCUUUUCUCUCUUUCUCUCCGUUCCGUAUCUCUCAGUUUGCUCUGUUUACUCAGAGCGGCUGUCGUCGAGUGUGUGUGCGCGCCAGUAUGCCAUGUCGUCUCUGAGUUCGUCGUUUGUCCAGAUAAAACAUGAGGACCUGCGGUUCUAUGAGAACUGUGGAGGGGGCAGCUUUGGGAGUGUCUAUCGAGCACACUGGAUAUCUCAGGAUAAAGAGGUCGCUGUGAAGAAACUACUCAAGAUCGAGACUGAGGCUGAGAUACUGAGUAGCCUCAGUCAUAAGAACAUUAUUCAGUUCUAUGGCGCCGUACUGGAGUCCCCCAACUAUGGCAUCGUCACAGAGUAUGCGGGCGGAGGUUCUCUGUAUGAGUACCUCUCCAGUGAACAGAGUGAGGAGAUGGACAUGGAACAAAUCAUGACCUGGGCCAUGGAGAUAGCCAAAGGAAUGCACUAUCUUCACUCGGAAGCCCCAGUCAAAGUCAUUCACAGAGACCUCAAGUCGCGAAACGUGGUGCUGACGACAGACAAAGUGCUCAAGAUCUGUGAUUUUGGAGCGUCUAAGUUCCAGUCCCACACCACCCACAUGACAGUGGUGGGCACCUUCCCCUGGAUGGCCCCAGAAGUCAUACAGAGCCUACCUGUGUCAGAGACCUGUGAUACCUACUCCUACGGCGUGGUACUAUGGGAGAUGCUGACACGGGAGGUUCCAUUUAAAGGCUUCGAGGGGCUGCAGGUGGCUUGGCUGGUGGUGGAGAAACAAGAGAGGCUGACCAUCCCCACCAGUUGUCCGCCUAGCUUCGCUGACCUGAUGAAGAAGUGCUGGCAGGCCGAACCAAAGGAGCGUCCAGUGUUUAAGCAGGUGUUGGGGACUCUGGAGACCAUGUCUAAAGACAGCAGACUACCAGAACAGUGUAACUCCUUCCUACACAACAAGGACCAGUGGAGGUGUGAGAUAGAUGCCACGUUGGAGAGGUUGCGGAGGCUGGAGAGAGACCUGAGUAGCAAAGAGAAGGAGCUGGAGGAGAGAGAGCUGAGGCUGAGACUGUGGGAGGAGAGACUGAUGGAGAGGUCCAAUGUCACCCCUUUCUUCUCCCCCAUAGCAUCAGGCAUCAGCUCGGAGUCGUUCUUCCGUUCUCAAUCUCAGGAGUCCAACAGCGCCAAGAUAUCCUGCCUUAUCAGAACCCUCAGCAACGGAGAGAGGGAGAGGGAGAGGGGUGUGGAGGGAGGGAUAGACAGGGGGAUAGGGGGGUUCCAGUCCAUGAUUAGGGGCUUCUCAAGCAGUCUUGGGGAGACGGAUGGGGAUGGAGGGAUAGAGGUAACCUGGGGGGAGAGAGAGAAGGAGAGGGGGACGGAGGGAGGGAUAGAAGGGGGUCGGCUGGAGCUAGGGGAAGGGGGUCGGCUGCAAAUCAUGCUAAAGGGCUUCCAGGGUGGGAUUGGAGAGAUAGAUGGGGAGACUGAGAGGGAGGAGAGGGGAUGGGGGGAGACUGGGAGACAAGAGGGAUGGAGGGAGGUAACAAAGGAGGAGAGGGUGGUGGAGGGAGGGAGUAUGGAGGGAGGGAGGAUACAGUCCAUGUUUAGGGAGCUGAGUGGGGGGAGUAUGGUUGGGUUUGGGGAUAUGCUCUCUCUGGAUGAGAUUGGGGGGAUAGAGAGGAUAGGGGACAUGGAUAUGAAUAUGAACAUGGGGGAGAUAUGUGACCUUGGGGGGGUAGGGGUCAGGGGUGACAUGGCUAAUGUUGGGGUCAUAAGUCAUAAGGUCAGGAGUGAGUUAGGGGUCAGAGGUCAGGGGGUGCGGUCGGGGGUACAGGUGAGCAUGCGGACCACAUCCAAUCAGAACUCUUCUAAGACCUGUAGCGUGCGACAUGGAACCAAAAUCAAUAUGGCCGCCGCGACGCUGGACAUGAACAUGAUGGACCUGGGCUGGUCUGACGACGACAGUGACUAGGGGAACACAAACACAAUUUGAUUUUUUAAAUUGAAGCCAAAUGUAUACACGCCCCUGUGUGUGAGGACUGUGGGGCAUAAUAGUGAAGAAUUAUGAGCAGUGUGGAUUUCCUGCUGCUAACUGUCAUGUUGUUCUGGGCCCGGUUUCCCAAAAGCAUCGUAAUAAGCUCAUCGUUUAACCAAGUUCAUCGUUAGAACUAUGGGAUCCUAUGCUUGUAAUGAUGAACUUAGCCUGAUGCUGCUUUUUUUGGGGGAAAUCGUGCCCAUUGAAGCUUUUAAAGUGACAUGUAAAUGAUGUGCCAUAUUAACAAGUGUUACAUAGACCAUAGAGCACUUGAACACCACUCGUUAGUUGAGGCUAGGCCUAGGUAAAGGGUACCAUCCAAUGUUUUCUGCUUUUCGACUUGUACACUUGUUAGACGAUACAGUUGAUUUGUUCAAAAUACUAAGCUUUGAAUUAAUGGGUUCUUACUGUGAUCAAAUGUGUGAAACUAUUUUGCAGCUUGUACUGUAUUGUUUUUCAAUAAAUUCAGAAAAAGUACA